UAAGCGCGACAUUUUACUUUUCAAUCACUUUCCAACGAAUUCAAAUCAAUUAAUUAAUAAUUAUUCCUAAUUAUUCUUGCAUAUAUUAACACUCACAGAAAUGGAGACACCACGAAAACCUCUAAGAAAUCUCCAUCUGGAAGUUAACACUCCUCUGCAGGUACCAGCAUCUCCGUUAAUGAAAACACUUGGCUAUGGUACAGGCGUCAAUGUGUACUUCUUGGAACGAUCACCAAAACCCAGUGGCCAAUUGCGUUCUCCAUGGGCAAUAAAACGUGUUUCCCAACGGACGCGACGAACAAACAGCGAAAACUCGAAAAUAUUCAAUCAACGGAUAAUAAAAGAAGCCGAUAUUUUGCGGAAACUAAAUCAUCCCAACAUUGUGGGUUUCCGUGCGAUAGCAAAAAAAGAAAAUGACGAGGUUGACAGUUUGGCAUUGGAAUGUUGUAGCACAUCGUUGGGUUCCAUACUCGAAGAACGUUUGGAUGCGGAGGAGGGUGCAUUGCCCGCCAAGGACAUUAAGAAAAUGUUGAGAGAUAUCUCCAGUGCCUUGGAUUAUUUGCACACAGAAGCCAUGUUAUUGCAUGGCGAUCUUAAAUCGCACAAUAUUUUGGUCAAGGGCAGCUUUGAAAUAUGUAAAUUGUGUGAUUUUGGUGUAAGUUUGCCUUUGGACAAGGAGGGUAAAAUUAAUUUCAAAGAAAAUCCAGACUUAAGAUAUGUGGGUACUGAACUGUGGUGUGCCCCAGAAAUUAUACAGGACGAGGAUGUGAUCGAUAGCAAGGCAGAUAUAUUUAGCUUGGGCCUGAUAAUCUAUGAGACGAUUGCUUUGAUUCCACCACAUUCACAGAAAUUGGAUGACACGGAAAACGAUGAGGAUGAGGAAAAUGAAAGUAAAGAGGACAAUUCACUUGCAGACAGUGAUUUGGGCAUGGAUUCGAUGAAUGCCUCGGUGGCAUAUGGAACAAGACCACCUCUGCCACAGGCGUUUGAAUUGAGCGAGGACUACAAUAUGGUAAUGGAGUUGUUUUACUUGUGUACGAAUCAAGAGCCAUCGCACAGACCUUCCGCCAAAAUCAUUUACAGUUCUUUGACCAAUGACUCUUAAACGGCUCUAUAGUUUGAGUUGGGU